AUGGUGUCAAGGUCUGCUAAUCCACCCCGCAAGAGGCUUUGUGUGGAGCAAGCAGGCUACAAGGAAGCGGAGGAUGGAUUUUCGGCCUCCGCAAAACCCGAUUCCUUAGCUCUCAUCUGCUGGAACUGUCAAGGGUUGGGUGGUGACCUGACAGUUCCAAGAAUCCGGGAAUUGAAGAAAUUGGUGUCCCCGGAUAUUCUUUUUCUCAUGGAGACCAAGAACCAAGAUGAGUUUGUUCUAUCUGAACUUGACUUCCUCGACGAUUAUCAGCAUAUCACAGUACCACCCAUUGGUCUUAGUGGCGGCUUAGCGCUCUUCUGGAAGAAAGACUGCUCUCUCACGAUUCUAGAGGCCACUAAGCACUACAUUGAUACUAAAUUGAAGGAACACAGAGCCGAUUUCUGGGAAUCAAUCUCCCUUCUUGGACACAACAGAGAUACUGCAUGGCUGCUUUCAGGAGACUUUAAUGAUAUUUUGGAUAAUGUUGAGAAAUCAGGAGGUCCGGAGCGAUGCGAAGGCUCCUUUAUACCCUUCCGAAGCUUCGUCUCCCAGAAUGGGUUGUGGGACGUAAAGCAUACAGGAAACCCGCUAUCCUGGAGGGGACAACGGUGCACACAUCUUGUCAGAGCUAGGCUGGACCGCUCACUGGCAAAUUGUGCAUGGACUGAUCUGUUCCCGUCAGGUCGUUGUGAUUAUCUCCGUUUUGAGGGCUCUGAUCACCGUCCAGUGAUCAGCUAUCUAGAUACCUCAAAAUCAAAAAGAAGGCGACUGUUCAGAUAUGAUAGAAGCAUCAAGGACUUUCCAGAAGCGAGGAAAGUUAUUGAAGAAGCAUGGCAGAAAGAGGUACCUGAGCAAGUGGAAAACAAGAUAAAGCGGUGCAGGGAUGAGCUGAUUAAGUGGUUUAAAACCAGGAAGAUAAACAGUGCAAAGGUGAUUGUAGACCUGCAAAAGCGACUUGAGGUGACUCUUUCAACUGGUGAACCAUCUCUGGAGGUCAUUAAAGAAAUCACCACGGCUUUGAGUGAGGCGUAUAAAGCGGAGGAAUUGUUUUGGAGGCAGCGCAGUCGGGUUCUUUGGCUGCAAAGUGGGGAUCGAAACAGUGCCUAUUUCCACGCUGUGACUAAAGACAGGAGGUCUUUCAACCGAUUGACAACCAUAGAGGAUGAAGCUGGGGUCCCUUUCCAUGAGGAGGCAGCUAUUGGAGGAGUGUUCGCAAACUACUACACUAAGCGGUUUACUUCAAAUGGGUUCCCAGACUUAUCAGCUGUAGAGGAAGCCAUCACGCAGCGCAUCUCCCCUGAAAUUAACCAGUACCUCAUCUCGAUCCCAACUGACCUGGAAAUUCAUGCUGCAGUCAGAAAUAUCAAUGAGGAUAAAGCGCCAGGCCCUGAUGGGGAAGUCCGCGAAUUCUUCCAAUCUGGGAAAAUGGAUAAAAGGAUCAAUGAGACUCAUAUCUGUCUACUCCCCAAGAUCCCAGGACCAAAAUCCCCCUCAGAGUUUCGGCCUAUAGCGCUCUGUAACGGCCGGGCCAUUACGGACAACAUACUCAUUACACAUGAGUACUUACAUUACCUGAAGAUAUCGGAGGCUACAAAGAGAUGUUCAAUGGUGGUCAAAACUGACAUGAACAAGGCGUACGACCGGAUCGAAUGGGCUUUCCUUGCUGAGGUUCUUCUUAAAAUGGGAUUUGACCCGGUGUGGAUCAAUUGGGUCAUGGAGUGCGUCACUACUGUAUCCUACGCGUAUCUCAUUAAUGGAGGUCCUCAUAGCUGUGUUAUCCCGCACCGUGGACUUCGACAAGGAGACCCGCUGUCGCCCUAUCUUUUUAUUCUCUGUGCAGAAGUUCUCACAGGCCUGUGUGAAAAGGAGCUACAACGAGGAAAGUUCAAAGGGUUGCAGGUCUCACGGAAAAGCCCCUUUGUAAAUCACCUGCUGUUUGCGGAUGACACGGUCUUCUUUAGCAACACAAGUGAUAAAAGUUGUGCCUCUCUUAUGAGGAUCCUAAAGCGUUACGAGGAGUGCUCAGGCCAGUGCAUAAACAUGGCAAAAUCAACGGUCACUUUCUCUUCAAAGACGACGGAAGGGAUAAUGGGGAGAGUGAAAGCGAUGAUAGGAAUUGAUAAAGAAGGUGGCAUGGGUAAAUACCUUGGGUUACCCGAAGCUUUUGGCAGGAAGAAACGGGAUGUGUUUACGGGUCUGGUGGAUAAAAUCCGACAGAGAGCUCAGUCCUGGCCUACAAAAUUCCUCUCUGGAGCAGGAAAACAUGUGAUGCUUCAAACAGUCCUCUCGGCCCUCCCCAAUUACUCAAUGUCCAGUUUUAAAAUCCCAAAAUCACUAUGUAAGCGCAUACAGUCGGUCCUUACUCGAUUUUGGUGGGAUAGUGCCCCAGAUAAGAAGAAGAUGACAUGGGUAGCUUGGGACCAAAUGGCAACGCCUAAGUGUGUGGGAGGAUUAGGGUUUAAACACCUGGAAUCCUUUAAUGACUCCCUGCUGGCGAAAUUGGGAUGGCGCAUUAUGAAUAACCCUGAUGCUCUACUGUCUAGAGUUUUAAAAGGCAAAUAUUUUGCUGAUUGCUCCCUCUUGGAGAGUACACCAAAACAAGCGGCUUCACAUGGUUGGGCAGGAAUAAUGGCUGGAAAAGAAGUCUUAAAGAAAGGGCUGGGCUUCCUGAUUGGAAAUGGCGCGAGCAUUAACGGGUGGUCAGACCCUUGGCUCUCCACUUCACGGCCUCUGUCUCUUAUAGGGCCUCCUACAGAGGCAAAUCAGCACCUUAUGGUUCAAGAUCUACUCCUGCCUGAGUCAAACGAAUGGAACCUACCCCUUGUGCAGCUCCACCUCCCUCAGUAUGAGGAAAUAAUUAGAGAACUGAUUCCAAGUGCUCAAAAACCACCUGAUAAGCUUGUGUGGUUAGGAGACAUUAAGGGCAAGUACACUACUAAAUCUGGCUAUCGUAUGUGCAAUCCCAUCGAGCUCCAACCUAACCAGUGGGGUUUUGCGUGGAUUAAACAUGUAUGGCGCCUAGAUGCUCCAGGGAAGCUGCAACACUUCAUGUGGAGAGCUCUUAAUGAUGCUUUACCGGUGGCAGAGUUACUUCUAAGACGUGGAAUGGAAGUGGCAUCAGCGUGUAAGGUGUGUGGUGACCUCGAAACCAUUGCUCAUGUUCUACUGGAAUGCCCUUUCGCAAGAAGUGUAUGGGAGACUGCCCCCAUUCUUUUUCCUGACUAUCAGGCUCCGCCUCAGGCCCCAAUCCCUCUCCUGCAAUUUAUGACUCUCCUCCCGCAAGAUAGGAAAACUGGCGUGGAGACAAGAGGUGCAGCAUCUCGAAGCCAUGUUGGUUCAGCUUUGAUUGCAGAGACGCUGGCUGUCCGGGAAGCGUUGCAGCAGGCGUCCACUGAAGGGACGGUUUUGAACGAGAUAGCGGGACUUCUGUUUGAAAUUAGUCACCUCAUUCCUCUCUUCUCAACCUUAUCUUUUAUUUUGAUUCCUCGUUCGGCAAACUUUGUAGCUGAUGGUCUUGCCAAGAGUGCUUUGGCUCCUCUUUGUCAUCAAAACAUUGUGUAA